AUGCAAUCGCAACGCCAACGAGUGUACUCUUUCUCAUCCAACGAGACCAUCCUCGAGGUCGACUCUUCUUCGCCCCCAAGCAGCACGGAACCGGUGUGUAACCACACGACGCCCACAUGGGAAUCAUCGACCGGUGAUCAGCUCGCGCCGUCGUGUUAUGGAACACGCUUCUGCUACAGCCAUGGACUGCAAACGCGUCAUCAUAACACCGCCCAAUCAAGUGCCACUCUCAACGGAGAACCGGGAAACCUGGAUCUGAUGGAAGUGGAGGGCGAAGAGGAAUAUGAAUCAGAGGAGUCAAUCGACUGGGAUGAAGAUUCGGAGGAAGAAGAGGAGCGACAGCAGCGCCUUGCAUACUGGAAACAACCGACGGCACAUUCCACCUUCCCCCAGACAAUAGGCUUUUGGUUCGACUCGUGGUUAGCAGAAGUGGGCGCCAGGGCGGUGAAUCUCGACUUGCAAGCCUUGUGCGGGAGUAUCCAGCUGUGGAGAGCGAGGACCGACAUUCCGAGGAGACCGACACUGCGAGGGCCAGGACAGGAAUAUCAGCAGUAUGAGCUUGGAUCGCCUUUUCCUUCAACAACGGAUAGCGUUGACGUGGUCGACAAGGAAGAUGACUCGCUCGCGUCUCAGACCGGCUGGGAUACGCUGUUGCGUGAGAUGAGGAUCAUGGCCAGAGUCAUGCAUCAAUGCCGGAAGCGAAGGGACGAAUGGAGGAACGUGAUCUCAGACUCGUGCGAGCAGUGGGUCGCACAGCUGUCGGAGCAGAGAGGAGCGUUCGUCGAGGAGCUUGAAGUCGGAUAUGAGAUUGAGAGACAGGUCGACGGGACAAAAUGGAAUCUGAAGCUAGGGUACCGCAGGAAUGAUGCGGUAGCUGAGGACAUGGACUCGGAGUGGGACGAAGACAGUGAAGGUGUGGCUGUGGCUCCUGAGGAGAAUGGCAUGGAUGAUGAAGUCGGUGGGGAACAAGUUGUUGAUGAUCAAGGUUGUCGUACUGCAUUUGGCAACGGAAUUGGUGCCGGCGUCGAGAUGACGCACAUGCUGAAUCCUUGA